AUGUGGAAACUUUUCCUGAUUGGUUGUGUGCUGACAGCGAUCACGAAUUUUCCCGCUGCUUUCACUCACACCUCUUUGAACACUGCCGUACAUCGGGUGGACGAAUUCUUUCAAAAGAGCUACGCUAAUCGAGAUAUUGACAUCGAUCAGCAACAUCUCAUUCUUUUACGCUCGGUUCUGAACUGUGUUUGGUAUGGAGGUCAGGUAGCCGGGGCACUCGUCUCACCGCUGAUCUGCGAUCGAUAUGGGAGAAAGGUUGCAUUCACUGUCUCAAUCACAAUGAUGACUUUUGCGGGGACUCUUCAAACCCUUGCUUCACUCACUGAUUAUCCGGAGAUUUUGAUCUUCGGCCGAAUUCUCAGCUCCUGCUUUUCUCCUCUCAGCGAUGCGGCGCUUAUUUUAUAUUUACAGGAAAUCUCUCCAUCCUCCUUUCGUGGUACAAUGUCAUCUCUUUAUUCAACGGGUUACUGUGUGAUGGGACUUGCCGGGAUGCUCAUUGGAAAUGACCAUGUUUUAGGUCAUUCACUGCUCAUCUUGUUAGCAGUUCCAGUCAUUGUUGGAGUUCCAUCAAUCCUUUUUUCGAUUAUCAUGCCCGAGACUCCAAAGUACUUAUGGCUUUCGAGAAAAAAUAAGAAUCAAGCUAUUCGAUCGCUUGAGUUUUAUCAGGGUCAAGGAGCUGAUUAUCUCAGUGAUUUGGAUGAGAUGCUACGAGAAGCUUCAGGACAAGAGAAAAACACAGACAAGGCUACAAAUCUAUUCAAGAACACAGCUUUGAAGAAAGCCUUUGGAUUAUCGAUUUGCACUUUGUGUUUAACACUGCCUUUCUAUCCAUUGCUCCAAAGCAGUACACAUUUCUUUACGAGGCUCGGUGUUGAGAGGAGUUUCGCUCAAUUGUCUUCUUCGGGUCUUAUGGUUGCGCUCACGAUUUCCUGUAUCUGUUCAACGCUGCUCAUUGAUCGCUUACCCAGAAGAUUUCUUUUGCUCUCAACAGGGUUCACUGGAAUCGCCGCGCUUUCUCUCUUCGUCGCCUUUGCUUAUUUCGAAAAAGCGCUUGAAGCACUAGCAGCUACUUUUGUCUUUAUUUUUGCAUACGGGUUUGGAAUUGGUCCAAUUGGAUGGAUGAUUCCAGCAGAAUUGGUCCCACUUUCCAACCGAUCCGUAAUGUUUUGUUCUUGUUACGCUGUGCAUAGCAUAUUCGUCGUCAUCACCAGCUUUAUCACGAUUCCGUUAUUUGAUAUUUAUGGGUCACUAUGCUUUGUGCCAAUUUUCAUCAUCCCAUCGAUCAUUUGUCUUCUUUAUGUUAUGUGGCAUUUACCGGAAACAAAGGGUCGAGAGAUUAACGAUAUUCUUUUGGAUCUACAAGGAAGCAAAAACGCAAGGACGCAUGUCGCUGACAUGAAAAGCGAACAAAUU